GGACUUCCCGGGCCAUAGGCGUGUGAACGCCCGCUGCGCGUUGGCCCGCGGCCCGGCGGGGGGCGGGGGGCUCAGGGCCAAGGGGCCGACAGGGCCGGGCUCCCGCGUCGACAGGGCCGCCCGGGGGCGGGGCCUGUGGGGCCUCCUCCGCGGGCGGCCGGGUGGGGGGCGCCCGCGGGCAGCAGCCGGAUAAAAAGGCCCCAGGGCGCCCAGGGAGACCCGUAAGCGCUGCUCGGCCGCGGAGUCCGGCCCCAGCCCCAGCCCGACCGUCCGUGCUCCAGCUGGUGCCUUGGCCCCAGCUGCCCUUGAAGUCACCACGAUGUGGUCCCUACCAGCUGCCCUCUCCCUGCUCAUGCUGCUCCUGCUCCUGCUCCAGGCCCCUCCUUGCAGGCUACAGUCACUGGGCACCACGAAGCUACGGCUGGUGGGCCCAGGGAGCAGGCCAGAGGAGGGCCGCCUGGAGGUGCUGUACCAGGGCCAGUGGGGCACUGUGUGUGACGAUGACUUCGCUCUCCAGGAGGCCACGGUGGCCUGCCGCCAACUGGGCUUUGAAACAGCCUUGACCUGGGCCCACAGUGCCAAGUAUGGCCAAGGGGAGGGACCCAUCUGGCUGGACAAUGUGCGCUGUAUGGGCACAGAGAGCUCCCUGGACCAGUGCAUGUCCAACGGCUGGGGUGUCAGUGACUGCAGUCACUCGGAGGACAUUGGGGUGGUGUGUCACCCCCAGCGCCAGCGUGGCUAUCUUUCUGAGAGGGUCUCCAAUGCCCUUGGACCCCAGGGCCGGCGGCUGGAGGAGGUGCGGCUCAAGCCCAUUCUCGCCAGCACCAAGCGGCAUAGUCUGGUGACCGAAGGAGCAGUGGAGGUGAGGUACGAGGGACACUGGCGGCAGGUGUGUGACCAGGGCUGGACCAGGAACAACAGCAAGGUGGUGUGUGGGAUGCUGGGCUUCCCCAGCGAGGCACCUGUCAACAGUCACUACUACAGGAAAAUCUGGAAUUUGAAGAUGAAGGACCCCAAGUCUAGGCUGAAGAGCCUGACACAGAAGAAUUCCUUCUGGAUCCACCAGGUCAACUGCCUGGGGACAGAGCCCCACAUGGCCAACUGCCAGGUGCAGGUGGCUCCAGCACGGGGCAAGCUGCGGCCAGCCUGCCCGGGUGGCAUGCACGCUGUGGUCAGCUGUGUGGCAGGGCCCCGCUUCCGCCCUGCGAAGGCAAAGCCUGGUCGCAAGGAAUCCUGGGCAGAGCAGGAGCCGAAGGUGCGCCUCCGCUCUGGGGCCCAGGUGGGUGAAGGCCGGGUGGAGGUGCUCAGGAACCACCAGUGGGGUACAGUCUGUGACCACGGAUGGAACCUCCUCUCCGCCAGCAUUGUGUGUCGUCAGCUUGGCUUUGGCUCUGCUCGGGAGGCCCUCUUUGGGGCGCAGCUGGGCCAAGGACUGGGGCCCAUCCACCUGAGUGAGGUGCGCUGCCGGGGGUAUGAGCGGACCCUCAGUGACUGCCCCUCCCUGGAAGGGUCCCAGAAUGGUUGUCAACAUGAGAAUGAUGCCGCCGUCAGGUGCAACGUCCCUAACAUGGGCUUCCAGAAUCAGGUGCGCCUGGCCGGUGGGCGCAGCCCUGAGGAGGGUGUGGUGGAGGUGCAGGUAGAGGUGAACGGAGUCCAGCGCUGGGGGGCCGUGUGCAGCGAUCACUGGGGGCUCAGCGAAGCCAUGGUGGCCUGCCGACAGCUCGGCCUGGGUUUUGCCAGCCACGCAAUCAAGGACACCUGGUACUGGCAGGGGACGCCGGGGGCCGGAGAGGUGGUGAUGAGCGGCGUGCGCUGCUCAGGCACAGAGCUUGCCCUGCAGCAGUGCUCGCGGCACGGGCCGGUGCACUGCUCCCACGGUGCGGGGCGCUUCUCGGCCGGAGUUUCCUGCACAGACAGUGCUCCGGACCUUGUGAUGAAUGCCCAGCUGGUGCAGGAGACGGCUUACUUGGAGGACCGCCCGCUCAGCCAGCUGUACUGUGCCCACGAAGAGAACUGCCUGUCCCAGUCUGCCGACCUCAUGGACUGGCCCUACGGGCACCGGCGCCUCUUGCGCUUCUCCUCACAGAUCUACAACCUGGGCCGGGCUGACUUCCGUCCCAAGACAGGCCGCCACAGCUGGAUUUGGCACCAGUGCCACAGGCACUACCACAGCAUUGAGGUCUUCACCCACUAUGACCUACUCACUCUCAAUGGCUCCAAGGUGGCUGAGGGGCACAAGGCCAGCUUCUGCCUGGAGGACACAAAUUGCCCCACAGGACUGCAGAAGCGCUAUGCGUGUGCCAACUUUGGGGAGCAGGGAGUGACUGUCGGCUGCUGGGACACCUACCGGCAUGACAUUGAUUGCCAGUGGGUGGACAUCACAGAUGUGGGCCCUGGGAAUUAUAUCUUCCAGGUGGUUGUGAACCCCAAAUACGAGGUGGCAGAGUCUGAUUUCUCUAACAACAUGAUGCGGUGCCGCUGCAAGUAUGACGGGCACCGGGUCUGGCUGCACAACUGCCACACAGGAGAUUCUUACCGAGCUAAUGCAGAGCUCUCCCUGGAGCAGGAGCAGCGUCUCAGGAACAACCUCAUUUGAGGCCAUCACUGCACACUUCCGGCUGCUGCCCACACACCAGAUACCUCAGCUUAUUGGAGCCAUGCCCUUCACAGAGCCCUAACUCAGAAGGAAAGGGGCCAGUGCCAAGUGGCACCAAGAACUGCUCAGGAAGCCCUUCGAUGGCAAGAUCAUCAAACGAAAAUGGUACUGCUCCCUCAGGAUGACUCUGGGCCUGUCCUGUAAAGGCCUUUGGUCUACGGUCUGUGGCCUCUAGGCUUUGUUCAGAUGAGCUGCUCUUCCACAAGGAGACCCCAUCUUUCCCGGAUCUUGCCCCAGUGUUCUUGGCUCAGGAGCAAUCAGUUCCUUAGAGAUGGGCUGUGACCCAACCCCCCAUUUAAACGGUGCUUUGCAAAAGUCUUGGAGUAGAGGACGAAGGACAGAAAUACACAGGAGGCAGGGUUAGCUCUGCGAGAAGCUCAAAGCAACACAACUUGUGUCAAAGUCACAACUGGCAGAGAAGUUGAUGAAUUGAAUCCCUUGUUUGAUCUGCGCUCAUUUAGAACUCACCUGUCAUUCUAAGAGUCUGCUCUAGUGCCUUUAGCUUUAUCCUACUGCACAUAUGGGUGUUUCUAAUAUCCUGGAAGCUUAGGCCUCAGGCAUCCCCUUAUCUCCUGAUGGGCCAACACCACCAAUUACUGAGUGCUUGAGAAGGGGCAGGACUUGCAGAAGUGGCCAGAUAGGGUCUUCCUACAGAGCAGCAAGAGAAGUCCAAGCAGAAAAGCUGCUGCGAUAACAUGGACCCCGGCCCGUGCCAGGGCCUCUGCCAAGGAGAAAAUAUGCCAUACACCUGGCAGGCAAUCCAAUCUCCCUCAAGAUCACUGUGCAUCUCAGGACUUGCCUCAAUUUCAGGUCUCAACCAAGUUUCUGGAGUGAACUUUGCAUGGAAUAAGUUAGAUACACGUUAAGAGAUGAUCCUUACAGAUCUGAUGCCCUAGUGCCAAUAAAGGUUGCUCAGUAUGGACAGCUACAAAGACAAGACUGGCUAUAUAACUCUUUGGGGUCCCCAGCCCAUGAAAUCUAACCUUUUCCACUCUUGCUGAGCUGGUGACUAGUACAUGUGGGGCACACAUACUACUCACAACAGUCCCACCACACUUCUCUGAUAUCAGCCUUUGAUGUUAGCAGACUAUAGUCUGCUUCCCAAUUCUCUCCCCAGGCUCAGGGCUGAAACGUGGGCUGGAAAGGUUAAGGGACAAAAGGGAGGAGGCAAGAAGGAAAAGCCCAAGGACCGUAAACUUUUACAACUGAGGCUGCAAAGCUGAAAUGAACAGUAGCAGAUGGGGCAGAUUUACAACAGUACACCCCUCCCCAUGGCAUGUGAGUUAUCCCCUCCCUCCUUACGGGGUAAAAAGGGACAUGAUCUUGAGCUAUCCUCUCUGAAUACAAAGAAGUGCUUUCUUCCCCCUUCUCUUCUACCUUCUCCACUCCUUCAUCAGGCAAAGGGAGCAUUAUAUCUUGGCAUGGCAGUUUAGGUAAACAAGGGAAGGACUGAUUUCCUGUUGGAUCCAGCAAACCUCUCCCAAACAGUAAAAACAUUAUACUCGCACAUGCAGCUAAUGGUCUGUGAAAGAAUGUGCAGCUCAUGGGGGAGCGUGUGGCGGCUGAUGACUAGACUCAGGCAGGGAGGUACCCACCGCUUCUUCCUGCAUCCAGUUGCCGAAAGGGCCAGAAGAAGCGGGACAGGCAGCCAGCCACUGGCUCCGGUCUCAGUCUUGCUGGCCACAUCACACACUUGAUAGGUGCAGCCCGUUCUAAUUCUUGGAAAAAGCUAUACAAGGGCUGUGCUGUUACACCACCGAGUUGAAAGGGAAGGACGUGGGAAGACUGGUGGCUGGCAUGGCUUGUAACUAGAUGAGGAAUGUUAACAGAAUACCAACCACCAAAUUCCAGACAGAACCAAAAAUGUCAGAAGACUUUCACCCCGGCAUUCUGUAGUCUGAGAAGCUGAAGUGCCAGGAACCUCGGCUUACUAAUUAGAAGCCUAAUUUAUUUCUAUUCCACCAAGACCUUCACUCUAUGGGGAGCAUGUUAGGACUCAAAGGGGAUGUACAUUUCUACUACAGAUACCAGGUGACACUGGGAUUUAGUCAUUUAACAUGUAUGAAGCAACAAAAACACCUAGCAGAGUACAUUCAUAGUCUUCUGGAAUAUCUAACAAAGGAGCCAGGGGCAGCUACAGGGUGCUUUCCAGUUGGCUCAGCUUGUGAAGGCAUAUGGAUGGGGCCAAGGAUGUGGUUCCCAUCUGCACAAGCUCAGUGUAGUCCACGCUGGGCCGUGGCAGGUCCUCUUACCUCCACCCGUACACAUCAAUGGAAAAUAUAUCUAAAAAGCACACUCUCAGGGCGCCUGGGUGGCUUGUCCAACUUCGACUCAGGUCACGAUCUCACAGUUUGUGAGUUCGAGCCCCACAUCAGGCUCUCUGCUGUCAGCACAGAGCCCACUUUGGAUCCUUCCUUCCUUGGAAGGAAGUUCUGUCCCCCUAUCUCUCUGCCCCUCCCUCCCUUGCACAUGCUCGCUCUCUGUCUCUCUGUC